ACAUUUAUGAAAGACGCCACUUCAGCUCCGGCAGUUGUACGCUACGACUACAUAAUCAUUGGAGGAGGAACUGCCAGCUGUCCACUAGCGGCGACUCUUUCACAAAACGCCACCGUUUUAGUCCUGGAGAGAGGUGGCUCGCCCUACGACAACCCGAGCAUAACCAACAUAAGCAGCUUUUUGUCCACUCUUUUGGACCUCUCUCCCAAGUCACCUGCCCAAGUGUUCAUCUCUGAAGAUGGAGUUUACAACCACCGGCCCCGCAUCCUCGGUGGUGGCUCGUCUAUAAACGCCGGCUUUUACAGUCACGCCAGCGCCGCCUAUGUGGAGACGGCGAGGUGGAAUAAGACAUUGGUGGCGGAGUCGUAUGAGUGGGUGGAAAAGGUGGUGGCAUUUGAGCCGGUGGUGGGGCCGUGGCAGUCGGCGGUAAGAGAUGGUUUGCUUGAAGCCGGAGUUUCUCCAAAUAAUGGUUUCACGUAUGAGCAUUCGCAAGGGACAAAGAUUGGAGGCACCAUUUUCGAUAAACAAGCUCAUAGACAUACUGCCGCCAAUUUGCUUCAGUAUGCUGAUGCAAAAAACAUUGUCGUUUAUCUGCAUGCAACUGUGCAGAAAAUUCUCUUCAGAUAUAAAUCAGGAAGUUCAACACCUGAAGCUUACGGAGUAAUUUAUAAGGAUUCGAAUGGAGCUCUGCACAGGGCCUUCUCGAUCGAUAACUACAAAAAUGAAAUCAUUUUAUCAGCUGGAGCUCUAGGAAGCCCACAGUUAUUAAUGUUGAGUGGUAUUGGGCCAGCCCAGCAUCUCAAGGUCCACGGCAUCGAGGUUGUAAAGGACCAGCCCAUGGUUGGCCAAGGAAUGGCUGAUAAUUCAAUGAAUCUUCUCUUUAUACCUUCACCUAGUCCAGUUGAGGUCUCUCUGGUCCAAACUGUGGGUAUCACAAGCUCUAAUAGCUAUAUAGAGGCAGCCAGUGGAUUAAGCAUUUCUCUUCCAUGGGCCCAAAUCCUUCAAAAGUAUUUUCAGCCAUUUCUAAAUCAGUAUUUUAUGUCAAAAUCUCUUAUCUUUAUAUACAUAUAUUCAUUCACUCAAAAACUAACGGUUUCAUUUUGUGUGAUAAAGGAAGUGGUUCCCGAUAAUAUAACCAUUAAUGGUGGAAUCAUACUUCAAAAAAUAGACGGUCCACUCUCCUCAGGACAUCUAGAGCUAAAGAACACUAACGCAGGCGACAACCCAUCAGUGACCUUUAACUACUACAAAGAACAGGAGGACUUAAAACGGUGCGUUGAGGGUAUGAAAACCAUUAAAAAUGUCAUAAUGUCGAAACCAUUUUCCAAAUUUCGGUACCGGCAUAUACCCAUUGAAAUCUUCACUAGCUUAAUAGCGAUACUUCCUCUCAAUCUGAGGCCCAGGCACAUUGAUGAUCCUUUUUCCUUGGAACAAUUUUGCAAAGACACAGUGAUGAGCAUAUGGCAUUACCAUGGAGGUUGCCAAGUUGGUAAAGUGGUUGACAAUGAAUAUAAGGUUCUUGGUGUGGAUGCUUUGAGGGUUAUUGAUGGGUCAACUUUUCUUGCCUCCCCUGGAACUAAUCCCCAAGCUACUGUUAUGAUGUUAGGAAGGUACAUGGGAAGUAGGAUUCUCCAUGCCAGAGUUUCCUAA